GUCAGAGACUAGCCCACGUGUACUAUGUUGACUGUCAAAAGUCUCAAGGUACUCGGGAUCCGGAAGUUCUGAGUUCUGACCCAAGUUCUGCCCACCAGCCGGCAAAUCGCGGCCCCCGGGCCAGCCGGCAAGUACCGAAGCAUGAGCGCCGCGGGCGUACUGUCUUUCGCCCAGCAAGGCUGGGAGCAGGUGCUGGCCAAAGUGAAGUGGUCCGUGGUCUACCUGGACGCCGCCUGCGCCGAGAGCCUGCACUGGAGCUGCGGAUCACGCCGGCUUCUGGAGGCGGUGAAGGGCCCAGCGUGCCACCUGAGGGAAUUUGAGCCCCAGGCACUCGGCGGUGGAGCCCAGCAGCCCCGGGCGGUGUUCGUGUUGAGCUGCCUGCUGAAAGGCCGGACGGUGGACACGCUACGAGACAUCCUUCGCCGCAGUCACUUUCAGCACUGUGUGGUGGUCACGGCCGUGAGCCACGCAGUCCACCUCACGGCUAACCACGUACCGGCGGCCGCCGCGGCCGAGCUAGAGGGGCAGCAGCCGGUGUUCGAACAGCUGGAGGAGAAGCUAUGCGAGUGGAUGGGCAACGUGAACUACACGGCUGAGGUGCUGCACGUCCCCUUGUUGCUCGCCCCUGCGGCUCCCCACCUUGCCUUUACUCCUGCCUUCGCUACCCUUUUCCCACUGCUACCUCGGGAUGUCCAUCUCCUUAAUAGUGCCCGACCCGACAAGAGGAGGCUGAUCAACUUGGGUGAAGUGGAUGCCACUGCCCUGACCCCUGAGCUGCUGCUGCACAUCAGAUGCCUGGUGUCAGGCCUCAGUUCUCUGUGUGAGCAUCUCGGCGUACGAGAGGAGUGUUUCGCUGUGGGUUCCCUCAGUCGGGUCAUCGCUACAGAUCUGGCAAAUUAUGCCCCUGCCAAGAACAGGAAGAAGGCUGCCACAGGCAGGGCGUCCGUGGUCUUUGUGGAUCGAACUCUGGAUCUCACAGGAGCAGUUGGACAUCAUGGAGACAACUUCGUGGAGAAGAUCAUUUCAGUGCUUCCACAGCUGCCAGGCCACACCAACGAUGUGAUGGUCAACAUGGCAGAGCUCACCGCUGUCCAGGCCCUGGAGGAAAACCAGCACGUGAUUGCACCAGGCUGCCUUGCACAAUCCAAUGACGCCUCAGCCAAGGCCCUGUGGGAAGCCUUACUGAACACCAAGCACAAGGAGGCCGUGAUGGAAGUUCGGAGACAUCUAGUGGAAGCAGCCAGCAGAGAAAACCUGCCCAUCAAGAUGAGUAUGGGGAGAGUCACGCCAGGGCAGCUCAUGUCCUAUAUUCAACUCUUCAAGAACAACCUCAAAGCUCUUACAAAUCACUGUGGGCUCCUACAGCUUGGGAUGGCCACAGUUCAAACUCUGAAACACCCACAGACUGCCAAGUGGGAUAACUUUCUGGCAUUUGAAAGGCUCCUUCUACAGAGCCUUGGGGAUUCAACCAUGACUGUUGUGCUAAAUCAGCUGCUCCCUAUGAUCAAGUCCCCAAGCCAGAGAACCAGCGAUGACUACGGCCCCGAGGAACUGCUAAUCCUCCUCAUAUACAUUUACUCUGUCACCGGAGAGUUCACGAUGGACAAAGACCUGAGUGAAGCUGAAGAAAGGGUGAAGAAGGCCUUGGCCCGUGUCCUCUCCGAGGAGUCGGAGUUGUCGCCUUUGCUACAGAAAAUCACAGGCUGUGACUCUGCAAUUAACCUGACAUUUCCCAAAUCUCAAAUUGCUGUGAAUGAUGUCUUCACGUCUCUCCAAGAGAUUGCUGGAGCUAGAACUCUCAUGAAACAGUUUAAGUCUGUGUAUGUCCCUGGAAAUCAUACCCAUCAGGCAUCCUAUAAGCCACUGUUGAAGCAGGUUGUAGAGGAAAUAUUUAAUCCUGAGAAGCCAGAUCCCGUUGACAUUGAACAUACGUCCUCAGGCCUCACUGAUCUCCUUAAAACUGGAUUCAGCAUGUUCAUGAAGGUGAGCCGGCCCCAUCCCAGUGACCAUCCCCUCUUGAUUCUCUUUGUGGUGGGCGGCGUCACAGUCUCUGAAGCCAAAAUGGUCAAAGACCUUGUAGCAUCUCUGAAGCCGGGAACCCAGGUGAUCGUUCUGUCCACAAGACUCCUGAAGCCACUUAACAUUCCUGAGCUGCUCUUUGCCACUGACCGGCUACACCCAGACCUUGGCUUCUGACAUCUAAGAGAAGAUAAGACCUGUUUGAGCUGGAAAUACCAAUACCCAUCUGUCACCAUUCCAGAUAUGCCUCCAAAGCCAGUGUCCCCGUUACUAAUUAUAGGUAUGACUUCAUUCUACCAGAGAGGGCUUCAUAACCAGGCAGAAGACAGCUUGUUUGGACGUCUCUUGUUCUUCCAAUGCAAAAUAAAGACUGAAGUGUUCAUUCUUCUUCUAAAGGUGUCAAGCUGUCUUUAGCUGACUUCCCCUGGAGUCCUGUCAUUUAUCCCUCCCCCUUAUUGUAAUCUUCCUGAAGCGACAAUCUCCCUGCAAGUCCAUUAGCUCUGGGUAAAUGCCUGCCUGCAAGCCUUGGCAGAGAUGAGCGUAAUGGUUUGAAGUGAGUUAGGGAAAGUUAAAUGUGCUUAGAAUUCCCUGCUUGAGGAAAGCAGGGUGGUCCUCGUGAUAACAUAAGUGAGGAAGGGCUGUCACAGAAGGAGCCAGAGACUUUGUUUCUCUCUGAUGCCAACACAUUUCUAAGGACAAGGGAGGAGGGGCCUGGUGGCCUCCCUGAGUGGUAAAUCACCCCAAGAGUGACAAAGGGCUGCUUUGUUCCAGUUGGUUCAAGGAACAGGGCAGCCCUGCUAUUUGGAACAGCGGUGGGAGGGACAAUGAGGGUGACCGAAGGCUGUCCUGGCUGCAGAUGCUUUCCUCAGGUCCAGAGGAAACCCCACGUAGAAAAGAUUUCCUCCCAUGAGUCUAGAUUGGAAGCACAACCCCCCAACGGCCUUUGUGAUUUCAAAUUCCUACUGAAACAGAAAGCGUUCUUCUGGGACGUUGUAUUUUCUUUCUGGUCAUAGCAGAAAAACCCAGACGCAUCUAGUGAAAUUAUGUGAGAACUCCGGGGAAAAGGAAGAAAGAACAGCUUGGAACCCAGACAUCACUUACAGGUACAUGACUGAUGGGAGUUCCUGGCAUGAGGAAUGGAUGUCUGAAAGAAGACAAAGCCGAAAAACAGUUUCUAGUGUGGAUUAAGCAAGAAGAACAAAUAAAAUGUAAACCAAGACAUGGCUAUACAUUUUAAUUCUCUAUUAAAUGCUGUCAUUUUAAGGAAGUAGAAAAAAUAGAAUUGUGAGUUUAGAAUCAUUUUGAGAUGAAUGAAGCUGAUUUUUAUGAAACUGUGUUCGUUUUUCCACCCACGUGUCCUUUUGACCUUCGCCAGUUCUUUGAUGGUGCUGAACUAUAAGGCAACUCUUUUUUAAAUCUCAGUAAGCUGAAAGUCUUACAUUUGAAUAAGGGGGGAAAAUGACAUUAGCCUCAAAGAAAUUAUAUGUAUGCAGAAAUGGGUGCUUUCUAAAAUAAAGAAAUUUAAAGUAACCUGC